UUCACUUGCGCUUGAUAGCAGCCUCGUCAGAUAGUGUGUUUCGGAACUUGAUGGUCAUCCGCAUAUAAUACAAUGACGGGGUGAAAUAUCAAAUGAAGUCAGAUGGGUGGAUAAGCACUUGACGAGUGAGAUGUGGAGGAUAAGGCAGACUGAAGGACACCAUUAAUGAGGCAGCUUGUAGAUCUUGAGGAUGGCAUCGAAAGACGGACCCCGAGCUUCAGGCACUGAUGGCAGCGACUUUCAGCACAGAGAGCGGGUGGCAUCUCACUACCAGAUGAGCGUUGCUUUGAAACGUGAAGUCCGCAAACUCAACAUUGUCCACCUGGUGGUAUGGUUCUUGAUUGCUGCUCAGGUUGUCGUGAGUCAGCUGAGUCUGGUGUCCCACAAGACAGUGGCGUCUCCGUACCGAUGGGAAUACCCCUACCUACUCAGCAUAGCUCCCACCAUCUUCAGCUUUCUGGCCUUGCCCCGGAACAACAUCAGCUACCUGGUCAUCUCUAUGAUCAGCGCCGGACUUUUCUGCGUGGCCCCACUGAUAUACGGAGCCAUUGAGAUGAUGCCUGCGGCCCAGCAGCUCUAUCGGCACGGCAAAGCUUACAGAUUCAUAUUCGGUUUCACUGCCGUCUCAGUGCUGUACCUGGUGAUCGUCAUCUCAGUGCAGGUUCACGCCUGGCAGAUCUACUACAGCAAGAAGCUGCUGGACCAGUGGUUCACCAGCACACAGGAUAAGAAGAAGAAAUAAGGAGGCAGAGGAUGAACUUGGACUUAGAAUCUCAGUCACUGAGACUUGGUGGCUUUCUCUGUAUUUAUAUAGUUGACAGGCACCAAUGUUAAUGCCUCCUCUCUCACAUCCAGCUGAAUUGUCCGGCGAUGGCUAAACGUGUCGCUCUGUCUUCAGUGAAUGAGAUGACUAUUUUCAACAGCUGCUGUUUUUGAUCAUUAAAUUUACAUAUAAUGUUGUGUGU